AUGACCUCAAACUCCUAUCUCGACGACACCCCGGCGGAGGUGAAGAACGCUAAGGGGCUGCACCUGAUCACCACGUCGACCCCGAAUGGCCAGAAGGUGCAAAUUUACCUGGAGGAAUUGAAAGAGUUGUAUGGCAUUGAGUACACUAAGACGAUCAUCGACAUCAGCACCAAUGAGCAGAAGAAAGACUGGUUCUUGAAACUCAAUCCGAAUGGACGAAUUCCGGUUCUCGUCGACAACACCAAGAACCCGCCUUUUCCGGUGAUGGAGACCUCAGCCGAGCUGCUUCACCUCUUCAAGGAAUGUGACAAGCAGCCUGCGUUCGGCUUUACAGACGAUGUUGGGCGGAGUGAAUGCUUGCAAUGGCUCUUCUUCUGGCAUGGCAGUGGCCAACCAAUUCAAGGUCAAUUGAAUUGGUUCUCCAGGAAUGCUAAAGACGAUGCGCUCGCCCUCAACCGUUUCAAGAACGAAGUUAUCCGCAUUUAUGGCGUCCUCGAGCUCCAUCUCUCGGGCAAGUACACUGGACAGGUCAAGGAAUACCUCGCCGGUAUAGGCGCAGGGAAAUACUCUGUCGCAGACAUCUCCACUUGGCCUUGGUUGAAUGUCUGGCACAGCAACGGCCAGAUCACCCAGGAGGAAAUGAACCAGUUCCCGCACUUGCUGCAGUGGAUUGAGCGCAUCAGACGGCGGCCUGCAGUGCAGCGUGGCAUCGAUCCGAAGACUUGGACGUUGUGA